AUACAGUUCAUCCAGUCCAGUCGUGGACAGAUAGACUUAUAGCAGCUCUUGACAGAUGGACUGUGACCCAGGGAUACUGUGUGUGCAGCACUGUGGCCCCCGAGUCUUCUGUUUCCAGUUGCCCGAGCACUGUCCAGUCUGCCGCACCAGUCUUACCAACGUCACCCCCGCCCUCAUUCCGUUCAGAGUGCCCUACCCGUUUGUCAGAGCCCAGCAGUAUCCAUGUGCUGUCAUCAUAAAGCCUACCAAUGGAGAUUUUCUCAAUGACUACAAGGCAAGCAGUGACUUGCACAUCGGGGUGACAGACUCACGAGGGCGGGUAGUUGAGUUCGACCAGCAUGGACUGAGGCGGGACCAGCGGACCGGGUGGGACCAGUGUCUGGCGGUCAGUGAGCUGUGUGCGGAGGACUGGACCACCCGCUGGGACCAGACUUUGGCAUCUGUGGCGAGCCAGGACUGCUGGACUUCUCAAAGGUACCAUGAGGAGACAUUCAACUGUUACACAUUCGUGUUGGCGUUCCUGAGAUGUCUACGAGACGGCACCCUGAGUGAGGCUGCAGCUAGCAAAGUGCAGUUCUGUGAAGCGUUUGUGUCACCCCGCGCGACCACAGCUUGUAAAUACAUCGCUCUGUAUCGUCGACUGAAGGACAGCGGCUACUAUGUCAGUCGUACUCCCGCAGUCUCGUAAUUUUAAUACGGAUCAUCAGAAAGUUCCUUUACAUAAUAGCAUUUAUGUAUAAUUAGAUCCUAGAUCACUUAUAUUACAGUAAUUUUCAAUAUACAUUUGGUUGUUGUUAAAUAAACUGUUUUUCCUAAUGAUUCCUUAUCAUCAGUCACUGAUGCGUAACCAUACUAAUUUUUUAUUUCCGACAAACACUGAUAUGAAAUAGAAGAAACAAAAUUAUUUUUUGUUUAUCAUUUCUUUACACUCUAUAGCUUGCACAAUUUUACAAAUUAAGUAUCAAAAUCAGCAUUAUAAUUAAAUAAAAAUUCCUCUAAAAUCAACAAUAUUCAUAACCAACACACAGUCGUAACAAUUUCAAGAAUUUUGACCUCAAAUGAAAUUGACAACACAACCACAACAAUAGGAUAAACAAAAUUGUUUUUUUGUUUACCAUUUCUUUACACUCUAAAGCUUGCACAAUUUUACAAAUUAAGUAUCGAAAUCAGCAUUAUAAUUAAAUAAAAAUUCCUCUAAAAUCAACAAUAUUCAUAACCAACAUACAGUCGUAACAAUUUCAAGAAUUUUGACCUCAAAUGAAAUUGACAACACAACCACAACAAUAGGAUAAACAAAAUUGUUUUUUUGUUUACCAUUUCUUUACACUCUAAAGCUUGCACAAUUUUACAAAUUAAGUAUCGAAAUCAGAAUUAUAAUUAAAUAAAAAUCCUGUAAAAUCAACAAUAUUCAUAACUAAUACACAGUCGUAACAAUUUCAAGAAUUUUGACCUCAAAUUAAAUUGACACAACGUAACCACAAUGUGUCUUACGAUGCUGUGGCGAUCUGGGAAACACUGCAUUAGAGAAAUUUGCGCAUUUUUAAACUGCAGAAGAAUGCAUUAAGAAUCAUUUUUUUCCUUUGUUCAGCGAAUCCAGCAGAAAGUUCUUGUGUGUCAAUAACCAACUGACUUUUGAUACAAUAUAUUUUGGAAGCUCUUACUCUCUCUUUUAAAAAGAAAUUCUCAUAUUUAUUGAAAUUAUAACACUAUUUUCAAUGAAUUGUGAAACACAGAUAAUUUGACUACAGAAUACCAUUAUACUUCCUUUUUUAAAAAAAAAAACAUGUAAUUUACGAUAGUAUCAAGCUAUAAAAUGCCUUGAUACCAUCUCUGUGUCAGAGACUGACAUGGGUAAGUUUAGAUGGUCACUGAAAUCCUGCUGCAUGGGUAAAACUAUUGUAUUCUAGAUUUUUUAAAUGAUAACAGAAGUUAAAUAAUAAUUAAUUUAGAAUGGUUUAGUUUAUUUUAACAUUAUUAACAUAUGCCAUAUCAAUAAUUUUUUUUAAUAUUUCGUAAUUAGGUAAUAAAAUUAUAUGUUUACCACCACAAUUCUUUUACGUUUGAUACAUUGAGUGUAAUUUGUUUUAACUGCUCUAAUUAAAUUGUAGGAUUCAAAACUUUUUUUGACAUAGAUUAGUAUACACACUGUGCUCAAAUUGGGUGUUGUAUAAUAUUUUGAACAGGUAUUAUUAUUAUUUUAAUCUCCAACUUUGACAUAAACAAAAUACUCUCCCCAAAAAUAAUUACAUUGUCAUUGUUGUUUGUAUUUUUAUUUACAUGUCCUGGGAAUAUCUCUUAAAUUGUGUUCUAAAAGGAAAUAAAACAAAACACAGAAUCGAUAAACUACAUUUUUAUUUAAAUUUCAUCAACAUCAGGUAAUUGAGUUCAGUCUCAAGUUCGUGCAGAUAUAAAAGAAAACAAUAAAACUAAUCAUAAAAAACGUAUUACUUUGAUGUUCUUAAAACCAUUAAUAAUAUAGGCAAUUAUACUACUUCCACAUUUAAAAAUAAAAAUGCAAGAAAAUAUUGGAAGUAAAGAGAACAGAAAAUCAUACAUGGCAAGCUUAAACGUAAAAAUACACUAAGUGUAAUUUAAAACCGUAAUGCCAUUAAAUGUAUAUAUAUAUAUAUAUAUAUAUGUAUAUAGAUGCUACAUUGAGGUGCUUCAUAAAUACUAAUAGCAUUCACCAAAUUGAUACAACAAACAGGACUAGCAUUAGAAAUUGAUUAUGUAAUUAGUUUUAAUUAAAGGAACGAGUUCCACAAAACUGUACAAACAAAGGUAUUCAAUUGUUAUAUACGUUAACAGAGAAACUGUUAGAAAAUUUAUAAAAAUAUACAAUUGUGCUCUUCCCCCAGAUCACGACACGGUUGACAUCACAAGAAACAGGUAACACAUGUGAUAAAAACUUAACAGUUGCCUUUUGGCUUAUACGCUCACAGUUCAUAACUGUCCCCUUUACCUAUAAAAAUAAAUAGCAACAAUCUUACCGUAACAAACACUACAUUACACGACCAAGUGUCUUCAACAGAAGGUUCACUUUUGAACCAUUUUAACAGUAACCAGUGCAAAAAUUUAAUUGGACUUUCUAUUUUUGAGAAUGGUUUUGCGAUGAAUGAUAAAUUUGCAUACAAUUAACCAGUGGAUGUUUAUAACAAUUUUUAAAAAGUAAAACCAUUCAAAUAUGUAACAAAUAUUUGUAGUUUACACGUCUGGAAAUAGCUUUAUACAUCUAAGACUGGAACACUUACCAUACCUGUGCUAUGGUAAAAUUUGAAACUAAAAACUAGAAAAAAACAAAGUUUUUUCUAAUUUUGCACUCAGUUUCAGAAUUGUUAAGUAGUUCAUAUUUAUAUAGUAUUAACAAAAAAAUGUUAUUUCAAAAAUGGUAAUGAUUGUUAUACAAUAACACAGCAUAAUUUUAACAGUUUUCUGUUUUUCCUCUAAACUACAUAAUUUAUUUCUAUAAUACAAGAUGAAAAUGUUCAAUUUUCACUUUUUGACAAAAUCGAUUAAUCUCUUCAAGGUUUACAAAUUUUAAAUACAAAAAUGGGAAUUUAAUAUUCAAGAAUUAAAUAUACAAGAAUUUAAUAUUUAAAUUUUAUUGAUAAAAUACAAAUAAAAUUGUCUUAAAGCUAACUUCGAGGAACAAAAUGUUAAUGCACUUUUACAUCAUAUUUAGAUACUUACUUAAGUAGCUAGUUUUCUUACGCUAAUCAUAAUGUUAUGAAGAAAUGCUUUACGUUGUAAUAAAAGAUAAAAUAGCUCUAGAUUUUAGUUAAUGGGUUUAAUAUUUUAUUUGCAGUUAAUAUUACUUGGAAAAUCGGUAUGAAUUUAAAAUAAGAAUUAGGCCAAUAUAAAUCACUAUGAUGACCUAACACCGCAUUACUCACUGAUAAUCUCAUUGUUGUAAGGAAAAUCGUGAAAUAGAACCUAUAUUGAAAAAAAUUCUAAUAUCUCUAGUUUUCUACAUAUUUUACAUUAUGUACAGGGAAAUUUGAUAAUUGUGUAUCGUUGCAGGUAGUGAUAAAUAAAUCGUAAUCUACACUAAUUUGAGUUUA